AUGUCUACCCCAUCCACCUCCACACCAGCCGCCCCAACCCUCACUCCCUCUCAAGCUCGUUUGGCAGCUCUCAACAGGCUCAAAGCGAAGAACAAGCUUACCUCGACCUCGAAUGCUGCGGCUGGACCUUCGACGAGGGACGGUAGCGGGGGAGGCGGACAUCCAUAUGUCCAUAAAGCGAGUAAUGUACCAUCAACAGCGAGGAAUAUGGUCCAGCAACAACAGCAGUCCAAGGAUGAGGCGCAGGCGCCGUUAAGGAGAGAUCCAGGAUUGGGUAAAUACUUUGAAUACGAUUUAAGCAAAUUACAUAAUUCUCGAGGAGGUUUCUUAACGGAGGAAGAUAAAGAGGGAGAUAGGAUAAAGAGUAUAGUUGAACUGGCGAGGGAGAAGGAAAGGGAGAAGAGGAUGAUUAGAGAAGGUGAAGAACCUGCAAUCAUCAUCGAUAAAUCACCCAGAUGCGUUGAGUGUAACACCCUAGAAAUCAAUCAUCAGUUCUUAAAGGUAUUCGACGUGACCGUUUGUAAAAAUUGCGAAAAGAAGUAUCCUGAGAAGUAUUCCCUUUUAACCAAGACGGAGUGUAAAGAGGAUUACCUCUUAACAGACCCCGAAUUGAAAGAUGAAGACCUCCUUCCUCACUUACUCCGACCAAACCCCCACGCAUCGACAUAUAGCAAUAUGAUGUUAUUCCUCCGUAUACAGGUGGAAAAAGUCGCGUGGGAUAAAUGGGGUGGUCCAGAGGGAUUGGAUAAUGAGUGGAAAAGACGUGAAGAAUUCAAGAAGAGGAAGAGGGAAGAGAAGUUCGAACAGGGUUUGAGAGAUCUGCGUAAACGUACGCGAAACAACUUGUAUCAGCGUAAACAGGAAUCCGAACAUAUACAUCAAUUUGAAGAUGCCGAUGAGAUCGUGGAUGAAUCUGGUGAUAGAAAGGUUUUACAGAGAUGUUUUGGUUGUGGAGCUGAACAGGAGAUAGAGGUUUUGUAG